GGCUCCUAUAGGUCAACGACUAUAAAUUUUGUUCUCUUGUAAUACAAAUUCGAGUAAAAAGGUAUACCUAUGCAUUUAAUUAAAUAAAUUUGUAACUCUAAGUAAAAAAACUAUUUUGUAUGGUGCAAUUUGCACUAGACCAGCAUUAAUUUUGACAAAAAGGUCCUCAAAAGCGAGCCGUACUUACCAGCUAGUGAUACAAGGUGCAGUACAUAUUCCUACCAAAAUUAGUUUUUUACCUAGAAGUCAAUUUGAAUAAAAGUCGUAAUAAAAUUUAAACAAAAGUAGUGAGAAUGGCGUCAAAUUAUAAUCUUAAAUCUACUUUUGAGGGCACUGGUUCGCAAUUGGUCGCUGUAAUUUCAGGAACAUUGAUUGCCAUAUCGGAUGGGAUGCACUAUGGAUGGACCUCGCCAAUCAUCCCGAUAUUAUUGGACGAGGCUAAACGACCUUUCGAAACGACUCUCCAUGAAUGUGAAUGGUUAGAAACCGUAUUAAUGGCGGGAGCAUUUUGCGGAUUGCCGUUGACGAUUUACUUCGUUGACAAAAUCGGAAGGAAGAACUCAAUGUUGCUUGCGUCAUUCGUCUCGCUGGUCGUAUGGAUUGUGAUUGGGAUCGCGAAAAAUAUGACAUACUUGUAUGUUGCCAGGUUCUUCGCUGGUAUGGCGGGUGAUAUGGCUUUCGUAGCUGCCCCCAUGUACAUAGCGGAAAUAUCUCAUCCGAAAAUACGAGGGUUUUUGUCUAGUAUUAUUUACCUGAUGAUGUUGUUCGGUAUUAUAUUAAUAUACACCGUAGCACCGUUUGUGCCUUAUUACGCACCAAGCAUACUAGGAGGUAGCUUGGUUUCCAUCGAACUCGUAACUUUUAUUUUUAUGCCCGAAUCGCCGUAUUAUUUGAUAUUUAAAAAUCAAUCCGAAAAGGCUCAAUCGUCGCUAAAGAGGCUACGGAAUAAUGUGAGGCCCGAGGAAAUUGAAAAAGAACUCGAGGAAAUAUCCCAGGGAGUACGACGGCAAAAGUCGGAGAAGGGGAGGCCCCAGGAUCUUCUUCUAGUACCGAGCAACAGAAAAGGCCUAAUUAUCAUGACGGUGUUAAAUGGGUUCCAGCAUUUGAGCGGCAUCAGUGUCCUGCUGAUGAACUUGCACUUAAUUCUAAAUGAAGCAGGAUCCACGUACAUAGACACUUCAUAUGCGGCUAUUAUUUUCUCAUGUCUAAUGUUCCUCGCAGCUGGAAGUGCAUCUCUAGUAAUGGACAAAUACGGUAGGAAAGUUCUUCUCACAAUUUCCGCAACCUUAGCUGGAUUCUCGUUGCUGGUCAUCGCAGUUUAUUUCAACUUAUUGACAAGUGGUCGAAACGUUGCAAACGUUAGUUGGGUCCCUGUCGUCGCUGUGAUGUUUUAUGCUGCCGUAUUCAAGUUCGGUUUGGGAAUAGUUCCUAUCGUUGUCACUUCUGAAAUAUUUCCAACAAACGUAAAGGCUGUGGGCAUGACCAUAGCGGAUUCGAUGUACGUAAUCUUUUCCAUCUUGUCCUUGGAGAUUUAUACCUCCCUUCAUGCGGCUUACGGUAAUCACAUUCCAUUCUAUGUGUUUUCUGGAUGUAGCUUUUUCGUGGUACUUUUUACGAUAUUUUUUGUGCCCGAAACCAAAGGGAAAACGUUGGAAGAAAUUCAGCAUCUGCUUAGGGGCAAAAAGGAAAACGGAGAACAACAAACGACGGAAGUGGAGGCAUAAAAUUCAAACGACACACACGACACAACGCACACUAUAUAUAUCCUACUCGAGGGAUCACGUGAUUAAAUAGAAAUCAAAGUGUAUUUUUUUAAUAAAUGUGGAUUGGGAAA